CUUGCCCGGCGGGCGGAGCUACGCGAGGCCGAGGCUGCGUGCGGCCUAGUCGGGGCGCGCGUGGAGCGAUGCUCGGGGCGGCGCUGAGGAGGGCGGCCGCCGCGGGGCUGCCUCAGCUGCGGGCCUUCAGCCUCUCGCCCCUUCUGGAAACGGUCAUCGUGGAACGAUGGUGGAAGAUCCCGCUGAGCAAGAUCGGCCGUCCGCCCCGAAGCAAGCACCGCCGGUACCGUGUCUACCGCCUGGUCGAGGACACCAAAUGCAGCCCGAAGGAGCCGAUGGAGCUCAUUCUCACAGAGUCUGUGGAGGGUCUGGGAACCCGCGGUGACAUUAUCUCUGUGGACAAGUCCUACGGUCGCAACAGACUCCUUGCCCAAAAUCUGGCCGUUUACCCAUCUCCUGAAAACAAGAAGAUGUUUGAAGAGGAAAUGCGGUUACUUCGGGAAGGAAAGGUGGAGAAAUCCCAGACCCUCAGCGGCGCAAGGACAGCACGAUUUCUGCAAAGAUGCCAUCUGGAGGUGGGGAUGAAGAGCGACGUCAAGUGGGAGCUGACCAACGAGAUCGUUGCCCGCUGUUUCCUCAGAAACCUCUGGAUCAUGGUUCCCCCGUAUGCCGUGAAACUGCCAGAUGAGCCCAUUACACAGUACGGUGAAUACUGGUGCGAAGUUACGGUUAAUGGCCUAGACACUGUCCGAGUCCCCAUGUCUGUGGUGAACUUCGUGCAACCCAAGACCAGACGCUAUAUGCAGUGGCUGGCACGGCAGGAAGAGCAAGCCACGGCACCCAGGCCAUGAUCCCAGAUGCGCUUGAUAGCCCCAGAGAACUAUGGGUGGGAAACUCUCAAACGCACACAGUGCGCUCAAAGACAUCUGUUUUCACAGCGCUCAAAGUGCAGCCCGUUAUCUCCAUGAGUCUGGACAGCAAGCCAGACAUAUGUAUAAGUAGAAGGUGGUGGGAGUGCGGACACAGGAAUGUCUUCCAUCCAGCCUUCCUCUCCAACAACUGGAUUUUCUCUCUUGGGUUAGGUUAUCAAACCAGCUCUGGGUAAGAUUAUUAAACCAGAUCAUGCCUCUCCCCAAGAACGGGAGAAGUCUGGACUUGUUGUGAAUGAUAAUGUAAUAAAAUACUUCUACCACCCGUUA